AUGCGGCCCAUCCCCGGCCCGGCGCUGCGCCUGCGCGGCGGCCUCGGGCCGACACAGCUCUCCCGGCCCGCAGUCCCUCCGGCGCCGGUGACGGAGGAGGUGCCGUGGCUUUCACUCGGCCUGAGUGGUGCCGCGCUGCUCGCGCUGCUCCCGCUCCUCCUCUCGAUGCCGCGGCAGGCGGGUGUCACCGCGGGCGCGAUUGCCGUUUCGCUGCUGCAGAUGGCGGUGCUCGACGCUCCGCCGGAGCAGGCGCUGCUGGAGGGCGUGCUCGCGCUCGUCUGGUCCGGCGUCAUCACGCUCAAGGAGGCGCUAGCUGGCUUCGCCUCCGAGGGCGUCGUCGCCGUCGGAGUCAUGAGUGCGGCGACGGGCGGGCUGGCCUACAUCUCGCGCUUCCUCCUCGGCCGGCCCUCGUCGCGCCUCGCCGCCGUGCUCCGCCUCGUGCUCCCCACGAUGCUGCUCUCGGCGGUGCUGAACAACACGCCCGUCUGCGCGAUGCUCAUGCCCGUCGCGCGCUCGUGGGCCGCCUCCCUCUCGCCCGCCGUCGCGCCCAAGCAGCUGAUGAUGCCCCUCUCCUUUGCGACUAUGCUCGGAGGCACCAUCACCCUCAUCGGCUCUCCGGCAGGCGCCGCGUACAUGGUGGCAGCGGGCGGCUCGCUGCUGCCGGACGGAAAGAGCGCGCCCCUCGCGCCGCGCGCAGCGCCGUCCUCCGCUCCGUCUGCGGUGGCGGCGCCUCCUCGCGGCGUCGCCCGGCUGUGGCUCACUCUCGGCGAGCGGACUGGGACGACGUGCGCUUGCGGCCCGACAGGCGUCCUGACUGGGACGAUGUGCGUCGCGGCCGCCUCGCCGCCGCUCCUCGUCCCAACGGCCCUCUCCGCGCUGUGCGUGCUGAUGCGGCUCGGCUGCAUGGACCUCUCGGACGCGUGGGCGGCGGUCAACGGGCCGGUGCUCCUCUCGAUCGCUCUUUCCUUCGCGCUCGGCAAGGCCAUCGAGGUGCCCCGCACGGUGGCCUCCGCAGGCUCGCUCGCCCUCCUCUUUGCAAUCUACGCGGUCGCCAUCGCCAUCGGCGCCGUCAUCUCCAACAACGCCGUCGUGGUGCUCAUGUUCCCGAUCGUCGUGCGCAUGUCGGAGGCGUCGGGCGUGCCGUGGCGCGCCGCGCUCUAUACGCUGACCAUGGCCGCCUCCGCCUCGUUCUCCACGCCCGUCUCGUACCAGACCAACCUGAUGGUGUCGCGCGACGCCGACUACGCCUUCGCCGACUUUGUGCGCUUCGGCUUGCCGCUGCAGCUCGUCUGUAUGCUCGCCACCGUGCCCACCUGCUACCUGCUCUACAAGUAG